GCAGACACGUGACUGCUUCAGUGCGCAGGGGCGGCCGGGGAUGGUCGUCGAUGUUGCGGGCGCAGUGUUUUCACGACGUCGAUUUUCACGUGACAGCCCGCGGAAGUGCGCGGGAACCCGGUCGUGUAAUGGUGUGAGACCUGAAGCGGCAUUAAGUACGCAUACCUUACGACGCACGAUAAACACAUUUCCCGACGUUCCCUUAUCACCCCGCCGAAAUGCCGGAGGAGGAGAAUUUUUGCAAGAAAAUGUCAAAAGCCACCAGGGGAAUACACGCAAUCAGCGAUGCCCUGGUGAACGCGAAACUGGCAUUCGGGUUCCUCGACGAUUCUGUAUGGGGUGACGGGCUUCUGGUUUUCUACGAGGUCUUUCGCUACCUGGAGGGUGCAAUGAUUAGAUUAAGAAACACCAAAAUUGGAUUGCUUCCACUCAGUGAGCUUCAACGUACAGAGGCUUUCGAGCGCGAUCUUGAUCAUUAUUUGGGAAAAGGAUGGAGAAAAAACUACAGUCCUAGGGAUAGCGUCACCAAAUAUCUGAUGCGUUUGAGAGAAGUGGAAGACACGGAUCCCACUUUAUUAAUGGCAUAUAUUUAUCAUCUUUACAUGGGUCUCCUCAGCGGCGGUAUCAUUCUACGUAAAAAAAGGCAGAUCGUACAAAAGAUUUCGCCUUUCAAAGCGCAACCAUCGAGCGAUGGUAAUAACGUCACAGACUUUGGGCAGAACAGUAUAUUUCAAUUAAAGCGUGAAUUACGUGAAUCGAUGAACAGAAUCGCGGAGACGUUGGAUGAGGACACGAAAAAUAAACUUAUCGAAGAAAGUAAAAUAGUCUUUGAAUUGAAUAAUGAAAUUAUCAAAAGUGUGCAGACGGGCAGUCAUGUUUUUGAAAAAAUAUUCUAUUUUAUUGGCCCAGUUUUAUUGGUUCUUUUCGUCCUGAUAAUCGUCCUCAAUAUCCUUUACAAAUACAUUAUACGUUAAUAAAAAUUAAUUCAAUUAACGCUAAUUUAACGUCAAUUUACUUAAAAAAAAAAGAUGAUAAAUUUUUGUUCGGCCGAAAAGUGCUAAUAUCAAAAUCGAAAUGUAUAAUACUAUGUUACUUACGCGCUGUAUCUCUCGCCUUUCUAUAAUAAUAUAUAAAUGAAUUAUUACUA